AUGCUGGGCACUUUGGUAGAGUUAAAUUAUAAUGAUGAUGCCAGAGAAUCAGCUGAUUACAUUAUUAAUACACAAGCAUAUUUAAAAAUCAUCCUCCAUGCUUGUAAAUAUCCGACUAGAACAGUAAAUGGUAUUCUUUUAGCGCAAAAACCUAAUGAAAAUGAUUCAUCUAAUCAAAUAACGAUUUCCGAUGUCGUGCCAUUAUUUCAUAAUUGGCAUACUCUAACUCCAAUGUUAGAGGUGGGUUUGCAACAGAUUGACAUUUACGCAAAUCAAAACAAAUUGAACGUGGUGGGAUAUUAUCACGCUAAUGAGAGGAUAGAUGAUAAUAAAUUACCGCCGUUUGGACAGAAAAUUGCAUCGAAAAUUUUAGAAAAGUUUAAUAACGCAAUUGCUCUUGUCGUUCAAAAUACAAAAUUAUCACCGGAGAAACCCGAAAUCGCAAUUGUGCCAUAUUUGUUUAAAGAAAAUCAAUGGCGACCUGAUAACAAGGCGUUUUCACAAAUAAAAGACUCAUGUAGUUUUACUCUGGAUAACGUAGAGUCGCCCAAACUGGUUUCAUCAUCAAUUCGCAAUAAACAUUUUGAACAUUUAUAUGAUUUCGACGAGCAUCUUGAAAACAUAGAAUUAGAUUGGUUGAAUAAUACUAAAAGGCAAGAUUUCAAUGAGUCCACUUAUGGUCAUAUGAUUGAGAUUGAUGUUGAAUGA